AUGAAACGCUUUGCCUGUUUGAAUCUGUGCUCAGUUGGCAUAAGCAUAGCCUGUUUGGAUGCUUUAAUUGCAGUGUGCAUCUUGAGCCUCUCCAGCUAUCAUUUGUAUUAUGAUUUCAUGGACUUGACGCAAUGGCAGCAGGCUGAUGUGCAAAUAAUGAGUCCUUUCGGAACAUUUGUCGCCACUCUGGUGGACUAUGUGCUGGUACAUGAAUUCUCCCAGGCUUUCUAUAUGAUACUAACAGUAACUGUUUGGGUCAAAGCAUUGAUAAAUCUGAUUGUGGCAGGCAUUCUAGUCGAUGGCAUCAAACAGCGCCGACUCAUUUGCAUUGCCCCAUGGUUGAUUAAUACUUGUGCAUCGAUGGUUAUUGAGGUAGCUAUAUUUGUUAGCCUGGAGCUGAAGAUUGACGAAGUGGAUGCCUCAAUUGAUCGACGCAUAGCACGUAGUGUGCUCUUUGGUGUAUUUAUAGUACUAAAUGCGUUAUUUGCCUAUGGAAUUUAUGCGUUGUAUCGCAUGCUGAAGACCUCAACAAAUGAAAAUCGUGUGCUACAAGAGAGCAUUGUGGAAACCUCGGGUAUGUUUCAGCAUAUCAAGGUUUAAAGUGUUGAACUUGUCUAGCAAUUAAUUGGAAUUCUACAGAAAGCAAACUUAUUUAGUUGGACUUGAUAAGGGUAUUUUCUUAAUCAAUGUACAAGCAUUUAUGUAAUGAAACAAAUAAAACGAAACAAC